UCUUAGUGAGUUACGGGCCGCAUGCAAGUGCGCAUUAAAUGUGUCGGUAGUGUGUCGUAUUCGUUCCACUCGCACUUUUCCACGUUUCACCAUCUAGAUUCUUCUCUCAGUAUAUUACCAAACCAUCGCUUUUCAUUCGAACGUAUUCCACCCGAUGGAGCUACGUCAGCCGGAUACUCGGCAUGCUUCUUCACGCUCCUGCACGCUGUUGUGCGAUGUAUCGUGAUAUUUCUUCGCUAUAGUGUUAGAAAGCUUUCCAAGAAGAGAAAGGGAUUCGCAUAGAGCAAUACGGUCAAUUUUCUAUACAGACUCGUAGUCUUGUAUUUUGACGAACAUCAUCGACGAAAAAAGAUAAAACAAGAAUCAAUUGUAAUGUAUUCCAAUGGAGGGAACUGCCGCUUCUCAUUACAUGAGGGGGAGAAGCAGAAGUAGGAGGAGAAUAGAAUAACACACGGGCAUGAGAAAGACGACGGUACGGGACGAGACACUUGAAGUGCGCGGCGCGCAGGCGGAAGUUCGACGUGCGUUGUUAUGUUUUUUGCGGAACUAGAUGUGCGACGUUGUUAUUUGCCACGGAUUUUUCGAUCUGUCGUUUUCAUUUCAAAACUAGUGCGUGGUGUUAAUGAGAUCAUGAUCUUUGAUUGAAUUGUCUUUAUCAAUCGUUCGAAUCAAGAGAGAGAGAGAGAGAGAGAUAAUAUGAAAAGACUGAGCAGUGCAACAGGCCAGCGAGACAGUGUAAUAGAAACAAUUAGAAAAUAAGAGAAGGUGACAGAAAGAAGGAAAGAAUAUUUGCCAACGAACCGGUGAUUGUUAUCGUAUUACGUAGUUUUGCGUUUGUGUUGUUAAUAGCAAUGUGCAUGCGUUGACGUGUACGUGUACGAAAAAGACAAGACGGAAUAUAGAAACAUGUCGGUCUGCUGCGCGCGCAUGUGAUUGUUCUCCCGCGAAAAUGCAAUACAAGGUUAGUACUCAUCGUAUGGUAUCAACUAGUAUACGUAUUUUUAUAGAACGUGUGUAACGCGUUAUUUUAUCGAAAAAACUAUGUCAUUCGGUGGACACAUAAAAUUAUAAUUCAAGGUUAUGUGUAACAUAGUGUUUUCCUGACGGUUGUGGUUUUAUACUUCAAGCAUCAGCGUUCAUUGGUUGCCAAGAACUUGAGAGUAUAACAAACAAUCUCGUCAGAAGCAAAUUUUUACUUCGAUAACAUUAGAAUGUGAAACUCGAAUUGGAUAGGAACGUACGGUACCGAGGAUCGAUUCUCCGCACCUCGAACGAAUGAUACAUGUAAUGUACAUUCUUUCGACAAGCAUAAAAUAUUAGAAGAUUAACGAAUCGACAGCCUAGCGUAGAGCUGUGCUUGGAGCAUCUCUUCGAAAUUAUUCUUUGUGACGAGAAGACUUCGAAUCGAGGUCACUUAUGUACCGUGAAGAGAACGAGCAAAACAGAACCGCAAACCUGGUUCCCCAGCAGUCAAAUGGUGCAAACACGUUUGAGCAUCUGGAACAUUCGCAGGACAGCAUGGAAAACGGGGACGAGGUGGUUUCCACACGAGUCCAAACGGACGCAUCGUCGUCCACCAACAGCACGCCAAGACCACGUGCGCCACGAAAUUGUGCCCGAUGUCGCAAUCAUCGGCUGAAGAUCACUCUAAAAUCGCACAAGAGGUACUGCAAGUAUCGUUAUUGUAACUGUGAGAAGUGCAAGAUCACAGCCGAUCGGCAACGAGUGAUGGCGCAGCAGACGAAGCUAAGAAGACAACUGGCGCAGGACGAAGUCAAAGUCAGAGCGGCAGAAGAGGUGGAUCCACUGCCAUUUGGUGCAGAAAACGAUCGAGUUUCGUCUAUUCCUCAGCCAGCUAUAAGUAUCGAGGGUAGUUACGAUAGCAGCAGUGGCGAUUCACCGGUCAGCAGUCACGGUAGCAACGGCAUACACACUGGUUUUGGUGGUGUCAUCAGUAUUCCUCCUUCCAGAAAAUUACCGCCGAUGCAUCCCCAUACCGCAACGAUCUCCCACUUGCCGCAGUCGCUAACCAGUGAAAGCGUGGAAAUCCUGCUGGAACAUAGUACCAAGCUCGUAGAACUCUUCCAAUAUCCUUGGGAAGCGAUAUUGUUGAUGUACAUCAAUUUAAAAUACGCAGGAGCUAAUCCCGAGGAAGUCGUGAGGCGCAUGGUCGAUGCUUCCAUAGUCUUCUAUCCGAAAAUCUACAAAUUCUUUUUGCUUAUCGUAAAUUUAUGGCCUACUUGAACGCGUUAUGGCAGCAGAAACAUUUCACAGGCUUUUUUUGUAUGGUUAUUUGAAUUUCGUAAAGUUUUCUUAAAAGCGAUAUCGAUAGAAGAUUCUUUUCCCAAGUUCGCCGCGUGGAAACAAACCUUCUGCCGUCUUGAAGUUUUCAUUGGAGAAGCGACAAAGAUAAAUUUAACUGUGAUUCAACGAUUGGAAGACAGUUUUCUUUUCUCGCACGUGGAAGUUGCAGGAUGAUGAAAUUGGCAACAUUUAAAGCGUUAAACUUCCUUCGCUAUCGCGGUGCUACAUCGUGAUAUCAUCGUUCAGAAUUGAUUUCAUCGUUACAUUGAUUUCCAAAUUUUUUGUUAUUAUUGUACAAAAUUAUGGCAUGCUGAGUUCCCCGAAAAAUAAUUCAGAAUCGGGGAUACGAACCUUUCAAAUUGUUACAAUAAAGAAACAUUUUCGGACAGGAUAGGGUGAAUAAUCCGAUUUAGCAUCGCAUAACUUAUUUACGCUGCCAAUCUCUUGCUGCUAAUUUCGUUACGUUCGCGGUUCUCCACUUGUCACUAAGAAAAUUUUCCACGUACGCGUCUCGCUGGUUGGGUUACGAAAUCAUCGUUUUCGAAGAUCCUUUAUGGCCAAAAACGGUCCUUCGAUGAUUUCUAUAUUUGGUUCAACACCCCAAGAUUCGUUAUGAUUUGGUCUACAUAGGAAGAUUUGGUUUAAUAUCACCAAGAAGAUGUAUGUCGAAAUAUGUACACUAUACACAUCCGCGAAUAAGCCACAUAAGAUAAUUUGAAAUGGAAUUCGAAGAAUUUAGAGGUAUGUAUGACAUUCGUAGAAAUGAGUAGAUCGAAGAUGUUUAAUAAUUAAUUCAUAUCCAAAUCAAUUUAAAAUGUAUUAUUUCUGAUUGAAUAGCGUCAAUUUCUGAUCGAGGUUACAUUUGCAAUUUUUAUAUAUAUACACAUGUAUUUGAUGUCAUUUUAAUCAGAAAACUUUCGCAAAUACGUUAGGAAAAGUAUAAUUUAAAAAAUAUAAAAAAUAUCAGAAAUAAAAAAGUUACAUUAUUGUCUCAUAGAAUAUUACCGUUUUUUAUGGGCGAUUGAAUUUGGUUUAGAUAUUACCUUUCAAAAAACAUCUCUUCUGGAAUCACCUUAUGACUGCAACUUGUAAAUUAUGUUAUAAUUAUAGGCAGAAUACAAUUUAAAAGGCAUAUGUUAUUACAAAUACUUGAUCUACUUUUACGAGUACGUGCAUACAACGUGUUAUUAAAUUUCCAGAUCAUUUUUAAGAUUAUCUGCUAUACGAGAGGUUAAAAUUUUCGGUGUCAUCACUUCGCAAUUGAUAUUUUCUGUGUUCGUCGGUAUUUUAUGAAUCAUCGUAUAAAUCAGUGUGUCAUUGAAAUACAAUAUUUUACACGCGAAGAUUUGAGCUUGAGAAAUUCUCGACUCAGUCAAAUGGAAUUUCCGACGAUUAUCAAGCUAGCAACGAAAUUCGAAAUAUGCACUUCUGGAAAGCAGUCAGGAUGACCCAGCCUAGUCGAUCGUUCCGUUGCACCGCAGCAUGCACUGCGCCUACGGCACCUCCGACAGGACCGCCAACUUACGAGGGCCACGUGCCUUACAUAGGGGUUGUACCACCUCCGAAUCCUGUCCACUACAGACCGUUUUUGCGGCCUGAGAAUGCUCAUAUACCGGGCACGAGAAUACCAUCGAGCCCGGAUGGUCCUCCAGAACAUUCAACGUAGCCUCGAUCGAUAAACAACCAGUGAAGUAACACGUUUGGAAGAACAGAUCGAACCCAAAGAGAAACGAAUAUGGCGAAGAAGAGAGAAAGAAGAAGGGGAAUAAGCGUACGUAAAGGAUCUUUGAGGAGGGAAACAACGAGCGAGUGGAAUCUCUCCUCCAUCUCUUCUCAAUGGAGAAUGUUCUCCAUUUUAUUCUAAUGUGCAUUCUCUGAACAGUCGGAUUCGCCAAUCCACCACUUGAAUGCCGAGUUCACUAUUAAGUGGAACCUUCAUACUUUUUGGAAAUAGCCACCGGCUAUGUUGUUUGGUUCUCUCGUGUCGAUAUUUAUCCGUAGUAGAAUACGCGAGAAAUUUAGUUGUUCGAUACCACGAAUGGAUCGACACGAGAAAGUCUCGCCGACGGUAAGGCGAAAUUAGGAUUAAGAGAACUAAAUUUUCUUACUGUUUCGGAAGAAAGGAAGGAAAUACGAGAGCCUUCGAACGAUAGAAAAGGAUGCGUAUCAUUCACGGACAAUCGAUAAAGGAAAAUAAUGCUCCAUGGUCUCUCUCUCUCUCUUUCUCCCCCCCCCCCCCCUCGUUCGAACAACAGCGUCGCGAUUCGAGUGCCGUGUUCCGAACACAAAAGAUAUUCAGUUGCAAACAAAAUCCAUAGAGCAAGAGAGCGAGAAAAAGAGAGAAAGAGGGAGGGAGGGAGGGAGAGAGAGAGAGAGAGAAUGGAACUCAAGAGAAUAGGUUAUGUUCCGCAGGGUUCUUCCCGUUGUUGUUUUUUUCUACGCUGACCGAGAGAACAAGAAAAUCAUAAAGGUUUUUGUGAGUGGAUAGUGGGAUGCCGAGGUUCAUGGACAACCUAUACCUCGGGCACCCCUCAUCCUUGCACGUCCUUCGGUUCGUUAAUCGAAUCUUGCUCGCUCCUUCUUUCUCUUGUUAUAUUUCAUUUUCUCCUCUCUUCACGUUUUCCUUUUCCUACCCACUUUCAAUUUGUUCCUUUCGUUAAAUAGUUUCCCUUCGAGUUAUUCUCUUCUCUCUUGCUCUCAGCGCAGAAUAACAGAGCGCAUCAUGUUGUCAAGACAGGAAACGAGGAACGCAUGUUGGAGCUUGUUCGUAAGAUUACGAGAGACGACCAUCGCCGACCGGUUGCUAAAGCUCAGUCGCCCGUGAACGAGAUCGCUCGACAGUCUUUUCGAUGAUCAAGUGUCAUCGUGUGCUAUAAAACUCGCAUGUACGGCCGACCGAGUUCCUCUGGCUUGGACUACGUAUUUUGAAACUCUUCGUCGUGCUCGGCUCCGCCUCGUAGUUUCCCUCAUUUCCACAGGAAAGUGAUUUCGUUCUGUUCGCGGUGGAUGACAAGUAUCGAUGAUCACGGAUCUUGCCGGCCCUUGACACACGCGCGACAACGUGAUUCCAAGAAACAUACUAUCUUCUCACGUUCGCUGCAAUCCUUACCUCGACAAAUUUCUAACGUGAUAUCUCCAACCAUGUUCCUUUGAUAAUCAUGUUAAUCUUGGAUGCUUAAUAUGAACUGCUAUGGUACCGAUCGAACGAAAGGCAAGCGAACAAUGAGAAAAGAAGGUGAGGCAAGUGACGCGUUGGAAGAUUCGUAGCGAAUGAUAAUAUAUACGUGCUCGCUUACAUUUCAACAAAUCGGCAGUGCGGAUUGUAGCUUUCAAAGAAUGGGUAACGAUUCCCUCGAAUCCCUCGGCUAGAAAAAGGAACAAAUCUAGCGAGAACAAGCGAAACAAGUAUAUUUCUCGUUUAUUCUCGCUAUUUUUUUAUUCGCUUCUUUCACAAAUAGAUUGAGAUUACGCGAUUGAAACAGUUUGGUAGAGUCCGAGUAACGGGCAGUAGCGGAACUUGCUGAUUUGAAUUUAGGUGAAACAACUCUAUUGGAAUCUAAGCUGUUGUACAGAUACGCGAACGAACAACGUAAUUAAAAACAAGGUAGAAAAUGGUGUAUUUGAGAGUAAAACGGGUGCAUUGAAAGGAGAUCGCGCGAUUAAUUAAAUGCGUGCGUGCAUGUUCCCGUGAUUUAACCGCGGACACGUACAUAUGUAAGCAUUAAGGUCUCAUUUUGCGGGCGAAUCUUGCGAUCUUGUUGCGUGUCUUUCGUUCCGUCAAAGAGCAACGAUCGUCGACGAAUUUCAGCUAGUCACACGCUUGGUUGGAGUCGGAUCUUAAAGAAAACCGAUUCCGAUGGGAAACCCAGACAGAGCGUCGAAAAUUGCUUUAGAACUGCCGACAGAUAUUUGACAUGUUAUGGUUUAAUUGCAUCGUGCGAUUCCAGUAGUUCCUUUGCUCGAUUCGGUAUAAUAUACGAAUUCUCUGUGUUUAUUCGAAUCGAGCAAGCUUCGAAGUAUGCGCAAACCUGGUUCAGUUGUGUUUAGCCAGAGAGCUUUCCGUUGUUGCCAAGCGUGCUAUUAUAUGCGAAGAUCGAUCAUAAACGUGUUUGUAUUAGGCGGAAUGAUAGAGCUCGCAGCACGUUUUCUAUGAAGCGAUAGAUUAUACUAACGCGAAUGUUCGCGUCCUAAACCUACGGGUAAAGAGAUACACGGACGCACAAUCAAGAAAUAGGUGGAUAUUUUAGUUGCACGGACGUGAUGUGACAAAACGUUGGUUGAAAAACUGGUCGUUCCAUUUCUCGGCAAAUUAAUUUUCAAAUAAGAACACCGAGAGCUGUCUCUUCGAUAUGCUGUUUCAUUCUUACCUCCCUUUUUUCUUCCGCACUCCGCCUCGCGUCGGUUGGUAUCCUCCUCUUCUUUCCUUCUCAGAGACACACCGUGAUCCUUCUUUCACCCCUUCCUCCGUACCUUCGUUCCUUCUUUCUAUUUUUCUCUCUUGCUUUACCUUCUUUUUUUCAUAUCCAUACCACGGAGAACACGUUCCGAGCAAAAAUCUGAUGUCGAAACCUAAUUGGUUGUUAUCCGUACAGAGCUUAAUGACUUGCUCCGAAAUGACUCGCAUUUAAACGAAUUUGCGCUCCUAUAACGAGUAUGCGUGCCAUUGACGCUUACCACUUCAGAAUCAAUGCGCAUCAUCGGCCUGUGUAUUUCAUUUACACGCCAACGCUUACAGAUAUUUUUCUAUUUACUUCCACGAAAUGUAGUCGCACCCACGGACAGAGAAUUCGAUCGAAGGAACGGUCUACCGAUAGAUUGCAUUCGAUCUAGUUGAAUUAUUAUUGAGCAGAUAUGCGGAAUUUGUUCAUAAUCGGCAAUUGAAUAUGUAUAUCGAGGAAAAGAAAUACAGAUCGAGAAUAUAGAAAACGAGAAUAAUCAAAGCGUAUUAAUGAUGUUAGAGGAUUGAUCAUGGAUGUACGAGCGCUGGUCACGUUUCGAAUGCGUGUGCAUGUAUAAAAUUACGCCAUGAAAUUAAGAAAAUGGCGUGUUUCGUGACUGGUAUACCGGAAAUGACACGGUCGUACGCUCAAAGUAAAACGAACGGAUAAAUUCAGCCUUCUCUUGCGAAUGAAUUGUGGGGAAGAACGAUUGCGGUUAAAAUAUCUUGAUGGAUCUGACAAAAAGCUACGAAGGUGGUCGAUAUCGGAGGAAAUAUCUUAAUUUCGCAAUUUUUUCUUUCUUUCCUUUUCUGUUUGUUUCUUUUUUUUUCUCAAAGAAAGAAAUCAAUACAUGAAAGCCGCUGAGGUGCAGAAUGUAUUCAGAGAAUUUUGUGGUCGGUUUGUAAGCAUCGUUUAUUAUUUGUUUGUGUUAAUUCGGCUUUUGCGAGACUUCUGAAUGAUUUAAAUUUAACAAACGACGGGUUCUGUUAGACAGGAUAGUCCAGUAAGAAAGAGGAUUGAAUUUAGAGACUACAAUAAAUCUCAUCUGAUUUGAAAUCCUUGAAAUAAUUAUCUAAUCCACACAUUCUAUUAAUCUGUAAAUUAUUGCGACAGCAUUGAAUUCUAUAGAUAAAGCGUGAAAAUAUUUAUAUCGUUACGAAUGUUACAGAGGUGGUUGAGUUUGUAUGCUAGAAAUUUAUUUUUACAUUGAAUUUUUUAAGUUUCUCGUGUAGGUAAUAUUUCUUGUUUUUUUUUGUUUAAUGUGCACUUGUUUUAAAAAGGAUUGUCAAUAUGAAGCUUAAAUUUCUACGUCUGGUAUACGUUAAUGUAAAUUUUUAGAAAGUUUAUGCGAAAAAUACAGUUCUAUGCAGGAACUUUUCAAUUGUGUACUCGAGAUUCGUAAAUUUGAUUUCGUGACCGAAACGUUGCGUUAUUAGUCGAAAAUUUAUUGCUCGUUGGAAGCUUUCCCAUAUUAAUUUAGAGCCAUACAAGUGUAAUAUCUAUCUAAAGUAAGUAGUAUAUGUUAUUGAAAUAAAAAUAAUUUUAUUAUAAAGGAAAAAUCGAUAAGGGACAAUUUUAUAUAUUUAUAUUUAUAUUAGUAUUAAUCUUCUAUAACAAAAAUUAAUUCACAAUAUAAUUUAAAAACUUUCAAAAUUCUUAGGCAUUUCUUUAUAUUUAAUAAUUGUGAUUAUUUAUAUUUACUUGUUACGAUUUUUCGUGACAUUGUUUCUGCGUUAAUGAAACUAUUAAAAAUAUCAUCCUCAUAAUUUAUGAAUAAAAUAAUUAAUUAGUAUGGUUUCCUCAGUCGUCCACAUAAAUUAAUUCCAUCGUAAAAAAUGUUUGUAAGUAGAAAUUACAGAUACAACGCAAGGUGCAGGUUGGCGUUAUAAUAUAUUCAUUCUGAAGUUCAAUCAAGAAAAUUUGCAUAUAUAACACACGUUUCCAAAUCCAUUCUGUUCGAGUAGUUACCGUCAUAUGGAAAGUUAUGCGAUGAGCUAUGGAACGUUCUAAGUGUCAAUUUGAUUUGGCAUGUAUCAUUGAAAAUACCACCUCGAGGCAUUCGUAUUGGUUUCUGAAUAAAGGUGGAGUCGCAGGUACGACACGAUACACCUCGCGAUUCAUGCACCCUGCUGUUUUGCCGUCUUAAUGCCUUCUUGUAUCUAAUGAUAUGUCAGAUGUUUCAUGCACAUCAAAACCCAGUAAUGUUUAGCAUAAACGAUCGGAACACGGAAGGAAACGAAUGAGUGCCCUGUAAUUUCGUACUUCCGACAGCUCGUUGCCUAAAACCGUCAACUUCAAUGGAAAACUUUUGACAUCGACGCGGUUCCAGGUGUUGAAAGAAAUGUGAAAGAUAUCGAAGAGAGAAAGAAAUUGGCUGGAGCGCGCUCGUUCGAAUGGAAAUAUGCUUUACGUUCGCGCUUUCGGUAAUAAAAUUUUACGUGUUAUCGAUGAGCAAAAAUUACCAUAGUAUGCACGGAAAAGCGUCCAGAUAGUGUUACGUAUAUUAUAACGUGAGGGAAAGGCGGGAGCUGCAGACUCAAUAUGAAGAUACGAUGAUCUAAUGGAAAAAAUAUACGUUACAAAGGAAUAUUAUUUAAUACUAUAUAGAAUACUAUUUAAUACUAUAUUACUAUAAGAAAUACAUUAUAUAUAAUAUAUAUAAUGAGAGUGUAAAAAAGUUUCUCUUCGGAAAUAUUUAGUUUAUUAAGGAAUAAACUUGACCUCGUUAUACAGGAUAAGAGAAAACUCAGCGAACAUUGACUUGAGUUUCGUUUUAAUAUGUAAAGCGUGCUUUCCUUUAAUUUUUCUUUUGUCAAGUAAGGUGGAUUGUUUCAGUUUUUUGUAAAUAGGCUAUUUAAUUAAAGUGACCAAGAUCCCUUAAUACAUAUCUUUUUGUUUCUGUGUUUACUUUUUUUCUGUAAUUCGUUUCAUCGACGAUUGUUAGUUAUUUUUCCAUUAAAAUAGCUCAAUCUUCAUAUUUUAUUGUAAUUCAAUUCUUACAGUAUAAAUAUAAGUCAGGUUGAUUUUUCUUAAAAGCAAUGUUACUUCUAGUAAAUUCAUUAUAUUAGGUCAUGGUUAAAACGAUUAGAAUUCGUAUAAUUUUUGCUGAUUGCUGAAUUUUCCAAGUCUGAAUCGAUAUCUAAGGCCGCAAAUAAAUCGACGUGUUACUCUCCUUUAAAAAAUCAGUUACAUAUAUUCUUAAUGAUUUUACGCUGUAAAGAUAGUGAGCGAAUAUAUCAGUUACUCGAUUUUCAUAAUCUUGAUCCAAGACUAGAAAAACGAAUUUCUAAGAUUUCUUUAUCGAGGAGCAAGUCAACCUAUCUUUUCUUGCAAUCAUCAUCAUAAGAUCAACGUAUUCAUUUGUUAUAAAGUGUUCGAUUAUCUUUCACGUUAUCACGAACAACUUUCCCUAUAUAUAUAUAAGAAAACAGUUUAGCUUAAUUUUGUCAUAAAUCGUUUAAAUUGUAAUAAAAUUUCAAAUGCUUCGAUGUAACGAAAUCCUCUAGAAUGUACUUACAUUUGAUGCGCGAUUUUAAAAACAAUCGCGGUCAUUCAGAGAUGGUAACAAUCAUUUUUGGCUGAAAUAUCAUUUCUUGAAACAAAUACUAGACAAGUUCCCAGAUGUUCCGCAUCGUAUUCAAUUCCUAAUUGACUGAGUACUGUUUAUAGAACAAAUUUCAAAGGUUCCGUUUAAUAGUCGUCAUAAAGGAGCAUGCAGUGCGCCUGCUUACGCUAUUUUCUCUUGUGAAAUGUGAGUCCGUUGCAAUGAUCGCGUACAUUUUCCCCUCGAAAUACGCGUAUAUCUCAGACACAUAUUAUUUUUGCAAGGUUCAACCAAAUCUAGAUACGCUCUGCGUCACUUCAAUUAUGAGAGUUAUUAAAUAGAUUUCUAUUUUUUCGGAAAAGUGCUGAUAAUUUGCACAAAGUGAUAUAGGUACGUUUUUCUACGUACGUAAGUACGUUGACCUCGUGGCGUAUCUAUCGCCACCAUAUCCUUCUUUUCUUUUCAAUCUUGAUCAUACUUAUUUUUAUUGUACUAUGUUGUAACGAUGUAUGAUAAAUUAACAAUGGAUCGUUCGCUUUGAACUUAAAAUUAAAGGGCAAUUAAAUUCGAUAAUUCAAACAAAUUCGGCUCGACGAUUUCGACCACACAUUAAUGUUCCUAGUCGCGCAAUUGUAUCGAACGAAUGUUACUAAAUUGACGAAAAUAUACGUUUGAAGAAUACAAAAGAAGAUCGACAUAAAUCGCAUCUUUUUUUUUAUUUUAAAAGAGAGUGACUUUCAUAUUUAAUACUUGUUCAACUAAUUCCAUGUUACCAAAAGUUUUUUAUUUAAUCUUUAUUUAUUUAUCGUUUUCUUUAUAUUAGACGUGAUUUUCUAUUUUCAAUUGUAAUUACGUCGCAUUAAAGUAUUUCCAUUUGAAUAUAAAAUGGCAUUAAUGUCAGACAAAUCAAUAGAGGUUGACUCGUAAAAUUUUCUCCUGUGAUCUUUGUUUGUAUUGCGUUUAGAGUAAUCGUAUUCUACAAAUACGAAUCUAGAAUGGUUCAAGCAGCACAUUAUUAUUGAAAUGUUAUUUAUCUUUGUAAAUAUUUAUAUUUUUAACGUUAUUCACUAAUUAAGUCUCAAAUUUUACUUUCAACUUUUAUAUGUCGGUAAUAACUUUACCAAUGUUUAAUAUUUCAUAUUUAGAAAAAGAAAAUGCUGUUAGUCUGUAACCCUUUCGUUACUGACGGUGACUAUAUAGUCAUACGUCGCUGGUGCGUUCGACGAAAUUUACAAUGUUUUAUGAUCUAUAAUAUUUAUUUUUAAUACACUGACUGGUUAUCUUUGUAAGUAGCAUGUAACUAUAAAUAAAAGAUUAUGAGGUAAAUCACGUAUUUUUUUCAAUAAAUCGAGUCAAUCGAUUUUAGUAUCGACAACCUAUUAAUUAGAGUUUUAUCGCGUGUACAUACGAAGAUUUUGUAUCGAGUAGGUAUAUAAUUAUCUCCGUAGCGAAAGGGUUAGCGACAAUGUAUACCUUCGAUACAGUUACAAAGUGAUAAUAAUUUAAUGUAAUUGUAAAUGCAAAAUUGCACAGAAUGCACAUAAUAUUAAAGAAUACACGAAAUAUCCAAAAUAUACUGCUUUUUAUGAUA